GUCCCGGAGGAGGAGGAAGGAGUGCUUUAUGCCCCCCCCUUGCACCUGCUGUUGCUGCUGCUAGGGCAUGGUAUUUUAUUUUUCCCCCACUCCUCCUCUACAGGUCCUCCUGCUCUGUCCCCACCCUGCCAUGUCCCUGAGCUUCACGAUCUCCCAUUUCUCUUUCCAAACAGGACCCCAUUCUUCACUACAGUUUCCAUCUCGCAGCGCGCGGGGGUUGGUUGGUUGGUUGGGUGAGGGAGCUCGUGACAGUCGGGAUCGGUCCAGGGGAGGCGAGAGAGGAGGAAUCCUUCGCAGUGGUCUGAGAGAAACUUCUCAUGGCGCGACCCCAUGUUCCAAAAUUUGGAGCCUGGGAUGCGGGUGCGGGAAAUGGCUCAGCUUACACUGCAGUAUUUGAUCAGGCACGAACGGGCAAGAAUGGAAAACCUAUCAACCCCAAUGAUCCUGCCGAGAACGAAGCUUUAGCCGCUCAAACAUAUGGUGGUGUUCCUGCUCAUCGAAAUAAUGAGCGCCGUGCACAUGAUGAAAAUCGUCCGCGACAUGAAAGGCGCUCCAGUCGUGAGGAUUUGGAUGUUCGCAGAUCAAACGAUCCUCCCAGUCGUCAGCCCCCACAUCUUGAUCAACCACCUGCUCGUAGACCUCCUGGUGGAGUUGGAGGUCGCGGAGGGGCUGAAGCUCCCCCAAGACGUCCUGAUAGAGAUGUCUCAAACCAUAGUGAUCGAGAUGGCUCAAACCACAAUGCCGACCGCUCACCUGCACAUGUUCACGGAAACAGGUUGGGCGCACGUGACGCUGGACGAGGAGCUGCCUCACCUGCUUGGGAGCGAAGAGGUCGGCAUCCUUCUGGAGGAGAUGAAGGGUCUGUAACGGGCUCAGGUGCUCCCAAGACUCGCCUACGGCCAGCCGGACCACGUGAGGAGCCGCCAGCUAAAGGAGGUGCUUUGCCCAAAUUUGGAGCUUGGGAUGUCAAAGACCCAAAUGCUGGAGAUGGCUUCACCAUGAUUUUUCAAAAGCUCUCAAAUGAGAAGAAAGAAGGUGGUCCAGUGCACAUUCCAAGGUUGAAUCCCGAGCAGCAGCCCUCUCACGAAGAUAGCUAUGUCAAGCACAAUCAGCCUGGUGGACCAAAAGGAAAAAAGCAGAGCAGUCGGCCGGAUUGUGGCUGCACCAUUUUGUGAACGCAUAGCAGCGACCUAUUUGUAAAUAGGUUUGUGCUGCUAUGGUGGCUUCGAAGAUGAGCAUGGCUGAUUACUCAUGAUUGGAGCUGUUAGCACAUCCAGUGUGGUGGCGGGAAGAUUACACCUCAUUUCGUUUGGGUGUCUUGUUGUCACUUGUACGGACUUUCUUCUGUUCUGAUGCAUAGUUAUUUCUGUAUUAAGCCGGGAUGGUUUCUUUACGUGCUAUUCACGCAGUUCUCCAGCACCUUCAAAACGCAGGCAGUCACAAAUUCAGCCAGUGAUUAAUUUUCACGAUGUUCCUUUGAUCCUUUUGUAUGGAUCUUUGAGAGUUCCAAACUUGGCUCUCGAGAUAAAACUCGUGAGGCACGGUCUAUUGAUCUGUGAAUAUUUCUGCAGGGGCUGAUGGGCUUUGCACCGCUACUUAUAACAGCUAGGCUUGUGUCAUCUCCGUCCGCAGUUUGCUUUACACUGUUUAUUCAACUGUUCUGGUGAAGAGGGCUGCCUCUGUAACCAAAUCUACUUCGAAGAUAGUUUUUAUUUAGUGGAGGUUACUUUCGUUAGGGAGAUUUAGGCUUGGGGAUGUGCAAUGUUUGUGACUUUAGUUUGUGCCAUUUCCCUUAGGCGCGAGGCAGAAUGUUGAAACUCAAAUCCAACGGAGAAACCCUGUCUCAUUUAUCCUCCUGUGGGAUUCUUUUGUAGCAUGAGCAAAUGAUUAGUGGAGCUAUAUGAUUUACAUUCCAGCUUAACACCAUCAAAAACCUUGAAAUGUAAUUUUACAGACACUUCUGGCAGUAGUUGGUCACAGUGGAGCUGUGAUUUUUUUUGUUUA